GAUGGGCCUUAACAAAUGUCACAGAACUACCUUAAAAUCUAAUACAACUCAAUUCCACCCCCUCCCCGGGUCUGUCUCUCCCAACUCGUGCCCCGGGGUAAGGGGGAGGCGGGGAAACGCGGUCGGGUCAUCCCAGGGAAUGGGUGACCCCGCGCAAACUGACGCCCGCUCCUCUCAUUUGUUAGUUGAUUGGGGCUAAAAGUUUGCUAUUUAUAGGCUACACGCGGCAGCCCGAAUCUCCAAGCCCGCUUCCCCCGUGCGAAGUCAGAGUGGUCCCGGCGGCGCUGCGCGGCCGCUCUCGGUCGUGGCCGCUGACCGCGUUCCUUUUGCCCUCACCCGGCAGGCAGCCAGGGAGAAGACCGCGGGGAGACCCCCCUCAACCACCCAUUCGUCCCGGCUGGGAGAGCCGCUCCGCAGUCCGACCCUAGCUGACAAUUUACUGGUUCAUCAAUGAAACAAUAUUAAAUGAUGAAGAUGUAAGGAAGAAACCCUACACUAACAUCGUUGCAGUUUGAAAGGCUUCUCUGCAGAAUGUCAAACAAAGAUCGGCACAUUGAUUCCAGCUGUUCGUCCUUCAUCAAGACGGAACCCUCCAGCCCAGCCUCCCUGACGGACAGCGUCAACCACCACAGCCCUGGUGGCUCUUCAGACGCCAGUGGGAGCUACAGUUCAACCAUGAAUGGCCAUCAGAACGGACUUGACUCGCCACCUCUCUACCCUUCCGCUCCUAUCCUGGGAGGUAGCGGGCCUGUCAGGAAACUGUAUGAUGACUGCUCCAGCACCAUUGUUGAAGAUCCUCAGACAAAGUGUGAAUACAUGCUCAACUCGAUGCCCAAGAGACUGUGUCUAGUGUGUGGUGACAUCGCUUCUGGGUACCACUAUGGGGUCGCAUCUUGCGAAGCCUGCAAGGCGUUCUUCAAGAGGACAAUUCAAGGUAAUAUAGAAUACAGCUGCCCUGCCACAAACGAGUGCGAAAUCACAAAGCGCAGACGUAAAUCCUGCCAGGCUUGCCGCUUCAUGAAGUGUUUGAAAGUGGGCAUGCUCAAAGAAGGGGUGCGUCUGGACAGAGUACGCGGAGGUCGGCAGAAGUACAAGCGCAGAAUAGAUGCAGAGAACAGCCCCUACCUGAACCCUCAGCUGGUCCAGCCAGCCAAAAAGCCAUAUAACAAGAUUGUCUCACAUUUGUUGGUGGCUGAACCGGAGAAGAUCUAUGCCAUGCCUGACCCUACUGUCCCCGACAGUGACAUCAAAGCUCUCACAACACUGUGUGACCUGGCCGACCGUGAGUUGGUGGUUAUCAUUGGAUGGGCGAAGCAUAUUCCAGGCUUCUCCACUCUGUCCCUGGCGGACCAGAUGAGCCUUCUGCAGAGUGCUUGGAUGGAAAUUUUGAUCCUCGGUGUCGUAUACCGAUCUCUAUCAUUUGAAGAUGAACUUGUCUAUGCAGAUGAUUAUAUCAUGGACGAAGACCAGUCCAAAUUAGCAGGCCUUCUGGACCUCAACAACGCUAUCCUGCAGCUGGUAAAGAAAUACAAGAGCAUGAAGCUGGAGAAAGAAGAAUUUGUCACCCUCAAAGCUAUAGCUCUUGCUAAUUCAGACUCCAUGCAUAUAGAAGACGUAGAGGCCGUGCAGAAACUUCAGGAUGUCUUGCACGAGGCCCUGCAGGAUUAUGAGGCUGGCCAGCACAUGGAAGACCCACGCCGGGCUGGCAAGAUGCUGAUGACCCUGCCGCUGCUCAGGCAGACGUCCACCAAGGCCGUGCAGCACUUCUACAACAUCAAACUCGAAGGCAAAGUCCCCAUGCACAAACUUUUUUUGGAAAUGCUGGAAGCCAAGGUCUGACUAAAGGCUCCCUGGGCCUUCCCAUCCUGCACGUCAGAAAAAGGAAAAACAAACCCAAGAGUGAUGUCGAAGAAACAUAGAGAUUAGAUACCAACAUCAAAAAUCAACCAAGACUGCACUGAUAUUUUAGCAGCAAGACUGUGAAGCAGCCUUCAGAUUCCUCUGUAUCUUCCUGACAAGUUCUACUUCCUCCCUCAUCUUCCUCCUUUCUCUCGUUUCCCUUCCUCUGUAUUUUUGUCUCCCUCACUUCUUCCCCCCCCUUCAUAUUUGAUGGCUUCCUACAUUAAUGGUUUCUUCUUUCCCUCAUUUCCUUCCUUCUUCUUUCUCCUCUUCCCUCUCUCCUUCCCUUCCUCCUUCCCUCCUCUCUAUUUUUCCUUCCUUCUUCUCAUUUUCCCUUUUUUUCUUGUAAACUUUAAGUAGUUCUGAUGGCUAAAGUAAUUUCCUCCCUUCUCCUUUUCCCUUUUGCUCCCAUUCCCUUCCCUCUCCUUUCCUGUCCUUCCUUCUGCUGCUGAACUUUUAGAAGAAGUCUCUAACUGAAGAGUGGUGGAAGCCAGCCCUGCCAAAGGAUGGAGAUCCAUUGUAUGGAUGCCAGUGAACUUAGCGUGAAAUACAACGUUCCCAAUGACUGAGGAAUCAAAGCGAGAGAACCAAUGCACCUAGAAGUAUCCUGCGAUGCAAACAAAUUGACUGAGUGCAGUAUUAGGUUUCACGGGAGCAGCCGCUGAUUAGACAACCUAAGCCACGUUGCAUCAGCUGCUCUUUAUCAUUGCUUUUCCAUCCUGAUCAGUUACAGCCAUUUGAUUCCUUAAUUGUUUUUUCAAGUCUUCCAGGUAUUUGUUAGUUUAGCUACUAUGUAACUUUUUCAGGGAAUAGUUUAAGCUUUAUUCAUUCAUGCAAUACUAAAGAGAAAUAAGAAUACUGCAAUUUUGUGCUGGCUUUGAACAAUUAUGAACAAUGAUGAAGGACAAAUGAAUCCUGAAGGAAGAUUUUUAAAGAUGUUUCGUUUCUUCUUACAAAUGGAGAUUUUUUUGUACCAGCUUUACCACUUUUCAGCCAUUUAUUAAUAUGGGAAUUUAACUUACUCAAGCAAUAGUCGAAGGGAAGGUGCAUAUUAUCACGGAUGCAAUUUAUGUUGUGUGCCAGUCUGGUCCCAAACAUCAGUUUCUUAACAUGAGCUCCAGUUUCCCUAAAUGUUCACUGACAUAAAGAAUUAGAUUACACCUGCAGUGACUCAGCGUAGUCACGCCUGUAAGCACUGCACAUCGAACAUGAUCCAUAGAGUUAUCAUGAAUGCACCUCUCCGGGUGGGAGGUACAGUUGCCAUAUGAUUUCUAGCUGCCUCGGUGGUUAGGAGCGAGACUCUGUCCAUUUGCAGAGUUGCAAACCUUGUCUCAGAAGGAGCUGUGAGCCAGUAUUCAUUGAAGAGGCAAUAAGGCGAAUGCCAGAUUUUUUUUUUUAAAUUAUCAAAGGCAGCAGAUGCCUGACCAAAUUUUGAAACCUGAUCCAUAUGAGUUUAUGAAUUUAGGAAUGUUUAUCUAAAUUAAUCUGUGGUUUUUACCAAGAGCUAAGCCAAUGUGCUUUUUCCACCCAUGUUGUCACAGCAUGAAAGUGAGUCAGGUUUUAGACUAUCGAGGUGUAAUCUAAUGAAGAAUUUAAUUAGAUGCCCCCGAAAUCCAUAGUCGCUGAAUAACCAAUAGACAGUAACCUCCAUCCAAUGCUAUACCAAUGGACCAGUGUUAGUAGCUGCUCCCUGUACUAUGUGAACAGUCUUAUUCUAUGUACACAGAUGUAAUUAAAAUUGUAAUCCUAACAAACAAAAGAAAUGUAGUUCAGCUUUUCAAUGUUUCAUGUUUGCUGUGCUUUUCCUGAAUUUUAUGUUGCAUUCAAAGACUGUUGUCUUGUUCUUGUGGUGUUCGGAUUCUUGUGGUGUGUGCUUUUAGACACAGGGUAGAAUUAGAGACAACAUUGGAUGUAUAAUUCCUCAGGAGAUUACGGUAGUAUAAUCUAUUCCUUACCAGUAAUAAGGUUCUUCCUAAUAAUAAUUAAGAGAUUGAAACUCCAAACAAGUAUUCAUUAUGAACAGAUACACAUCAAAAUCAUAAUAAUAUUUUCAAAACACGGAAUAAUUUCUCUAAUGGUUUAUUAUAGAAUACCAAUGUAUAGCUUAGACAUAAAACUUUGAAUAUUUCAAGAAUAUAGAUAAGUCUAAUUUUUAAAUGCUGUAUAUAUGGCUUUCACUCAAUCAUCUCUCAGAUGUUGGUAUUAACUCGCUCUGUGUUGUUGCAAAACUUUUUGGUGCGGACUCGUUUCCAAAACUAUUGCUACAUUGUGUGCUUUAAACAAAAUACCUUGGGUUGAUCUUUCAUCAUCCCAGUGCUAGGAAUACUGUGUAUCUAUCAUUAGCUAUAUGGGACUAUAUUGUAGAUUGUGGUUUCUCAGUAGAGAAGUGACUGUAGUGUGAUUCUAGAUAAAUCAUCAUUAGCAAUUCAUUCAGAUGGUCAAUAACUUGAAAUUUAUAGCUGUGAUAGGAGUUCAGAAAUUGGCACAUCCCUUUACCAAGAACAACAGAAAAUACAACUCCUGGGAAAAAAAAGGUGCUGAUUCUAUAAGAUUAUUUAUAUAUGUAGGUGUUUAAAAAGAUUAUUUUCCGGAACGUUGUGCAGGGUUUAAUUUGCUAGUGUUCAGCCACAGUAGUACACAUGAACUAUGUACGAUACGUACGUUGUUUUCACUGUAUCACAUUCAAGUACUUGGCCUUCACAAUUGUGAACCAGCCAGCUGCAAACUUGAGCUGGAGAUGAGAUGCGACUUUGAGUUUUCAGCUGAAUUGACAUGCUGCAUUACAAAAGAACAAGUGUCUCAGAAAUAGGAAUCAAAACGAAAACACAGAUCUCAGACAACUGCACAGGCUUUAGGGUUAAGUGCGCAUCUUAAAACCUCGCCGGAGGGUAGUUUAUCAAGUUUUAAGCAAGACCAUUUACUUAAUGUGAAGUUUUGCAAAGUUAUAAGGUGUAUGUUUUAGCCAUAUAAUUUUAGUUUUCAUUGGGCUUCUUUUAGAUUUAUUCUUAUUUAAAGCAAUAUGAUUGUGGGUGACUCCUUGUAGUAACACCCGUGUUUCAAUCGGAUCAGAUUGUUGUAUUUAUUCCGCUAUUUUGCAUUUAAAUGAUAACAUAAAAGAUAUAAAAAAUUUAAAACUGCUAUUUUUCUUAUAGAAGAGAAAAUGGGUGUUGGUGAUUGUAUUUUAAUUAUUUAAGCGUCUUUGUUUACCUGCCUAGGAAAACACUUUAUGGCAGGCAGACUUAUGUGCAAAGAUCGUAAAAGGACAAAAAAAAAUUAAACUGCUUAUAAUAAUCCAGGAGUUGCAUUAUAGCCAGUAGUAAAAUAAUAAUGAUAAUGAUAAUGAUAAUAAUAAAACCAUGUCUAUAGCUGUAGAUGGGCUUCACAUCUGUAAAGCAAUCAAUUGUAUAUUUUUGUGACGUGUACCAUACUGUGUGCUCCAGCAAAUGUCCAUUUGUGUAAAUGUAUUUAUUUUAUAUUGUAUAUAUUGUUAAAUGCAAAAAGGAGAUAUGAUUCUGUAACUCCAAUCAGUUCAGAUGUGUAACUCAAAUUAUUAUGCCUUUCAGGAUGAUGGUAGAGCAAUAUUAAACAAGCUUCCACUUUUGACUGCUCUUUGGUACUGUGC